UAACACUGAGACGGCUAAUCCCGUUGUGCAGGCGGACCAACAUAUCCCACAAUCCUUUUAGGGUUAAAGAGAACAUCCGUGCUGGAGAUCUGGAUUACAGGCUUUUUAAUAACGAUGUCUGAUCACUGGAACAGGGGGCACGGCGCAGUUGAUGAUAUGCUGGAUGCAGAAAACAAACUCAUUGCUGAGAAUCUGGCAAAUAAAGUAUCCAGACUGAAGUCGUUGGCAUAUGAUAUUGAUAAGGAGGCUGAGGAACAGAACUCGUACUUGGAUGGCAUGGACACUAAUUUCCUCAGUGCAACCGGACUGUUAACAGGCAGUGUGAAGAGGUUUUCCACGAUGGUCCGCUCGGGCAGAGAUAACCGCAAGAUCCUGUGCUACGUGUCAGUCGGCCUGGUCCUGGUGUUUUUUGUCCUUUACUAUCUAGUACGAAGAAUACAGAACUGAUGUGCGUGCUUAAUUUUAUAUUUUUGUGCAUAAUUAAAUGUUUUCUCAAUUUUCUGAGAAAUAUAUACUCAUUUUUGGAAAUUCAGUACUUUGUUUAUACAAGGAAAGGUUUUCACUCUUCAGUCAUCUUCUAGGUAUAUUAAAGGUGAUUACAACUAAAAGCUUGUGGGUGUGUUUCCUGUUUAUCCUGUCUAAAGAUUACUAAUUGCUGUAGUGAUGUAAACAUGCUUUGAUUGCAAUAUAUUCCAGAAAUGUUGUAACAAAUGAAACAUUUUAAAUAUAUAUUUUGUAUUAUUGAAAAUGAAAACGCUUCAUAGCUGCACUUUUAAUAAUUGUCUAAUAUGUAACUUUAAAACAAUAUAAAUGCUGUAUCUAUAUUGUUAUUUCUAAUAUGUUUUCUUCUGUAUAAUAAAAACAUUUUGCAUUUA